AAUAAUAAUCAUAAUAACUGUUGAAGAACGACUGUCGUGGUCAAAAAAUACAUAAAUAAUUAUUUAUACAUGUUAAAUUAUAUAUGGAUAUAUAGUACAUGCAAUAUGUGUUGAAUUAUGAUUUGUCAUUGAUAAUAAAUUUAACAUUAACAUUACUUUGGAGGAAAAAUAAAUAAAUAUCUAUGUUGUAAUAGAAUGUCAAUACCCAGUACGUACACGAGUGUAAAAUAAUAAUAAAAUAAUAAUAAAUAAAAAAUAAAAAUGAGUGAUGAUUUUAAUAAAAAUCCAUUCGUCGGUUUAUUUACGACACCCAACGAAGCUGCCUCAUUUUUAUCGCAAGCAACAACUAUUGACCCCGUGACAACAACACCAUCAGCUAUUAGCCAACCUGUGUCAAGUGUUCAAGAUGAAGAUGAUGAUGAUAGUGUUUAUUUAAAUGAAAAUAAUGUCGAAACUGGUAAAGUAAAUCAUGAAAAUAAUGAUCGGGAGGACGAAAUAAUCCAAAAAGUAUUUGGUUUGCUUUUAAAUUGUAAAACUCCCUGUCGAGGUAGUAAACAGCAAUUGGUCUCUAUUGACAGUGAUGACAUUGAAAAUGGUAUUUUUGAGCGUCUGACAUUGCUCGAUAUACCUAGCAAGUUAGUUCCUGAAAAAGGACCUGCAACUGCUGAUCCUCAUUUUCUCCAAUCAGAAGUUAUAACGUAUCUUUUUGAGUGUUAUUGUAGGCUUGAACAACAAAAUAAAGCAGACAAUGAUAUUGUUGAAAAUUUUAAGCGAAUAACUCUUCGAUCCGCUGGUACAGCAUUGCAACCAGAUAUUUUUCAAGAUCAAGAGGUUCAUUCACAAUUUUUAAGAUUAUUCAUGGAUGAUUCGCAGUCGAGCCAAGUUGAAAAAUUCACUCAGGAAUUGGCAGCCAUUAUAAUGACAGACUAUCCCGAAGAUGCUCAACACAUAUUCAUGUCGUCAUUUAAACCAAUUUUGGAAUUUAUUCACCAAGAAGUAACCAACAGCAAUCUUAUAGUUUAUCGUCAGUAUUGGUUCAAUAUUAUCCAUACAUUUUCAAAUAUUGAGCCAUUGGCAAAAGUUUUAAUCAGUUACUCUACUCCAAUAUUAUCAUCAACGACGACGACGACGACGACGACGACGACGACGACAAGUGUACAAGGUUCAAUCUACGGAAGUACUUUAUUAGGUAGUUUAUUAUCGCUGAGCUGUUUGCCAAAGACAUUUGGAGAACCUUUUGAUUUUUUCAACGACAAACCGUUGAUCCAACCGACAAUAACAACCACUGAAGGAAAUAUAUGGACAGCAAUGAACGCUCUUUGUGAGUCAUUGUACAAAGUUAUCCAUUGUUUGUUAAAAUGUUCUUCAGAGGUAAGACACUUGACUCUUGACUGGAUUGGUAAAUGUUUGCAAGCAAAUGCCAGUCGUGGUAAACUCUGGAAUAAUUCCCAAACAAGUAUUGGUGGAAAUGGACUCUCACCGUUGGUAGUUUCUGAUGGUUUUAUGCUGAAUCUUGGUAAUGUUUUGCUGAGACUGUGUCAGCCGUUUUGUACAUUAAAAAAAACUCCUAAAAUAGAUCCUACUUAUUGUGCGGCAGCUGUUGAAACAUUGACUGAAGAUGAACGACGGACAAGAGGUAUUCAUCUAGUGGGUAUUAACAAAGAAACAUGUCUUAUUCCAUCUACGACAACAAUAACUAUCGCUGAUGACGAUGAUGAUGAUGAUGAUGGUGAUGGUGAUGGUGAUAAUAAUAGUAGUAGUAGUAGUAGUAGUAGUAGUAGUAGUGAUGAUAAAUCUGAUACUAUUGCAGCAGCUAGUAUUACAUUUGGAUUUGUUACUGAAUGUUUUUAUUUGACCCACAGGGCGUUAGAUUUAGGUUAUCGUGUUGUUCUUGAUAAAUUGAUGAAGACAAAUCAAGAGUUAGCACGAAUACAAAGAAUUUACAAUGACGCACAAGCAAGCUCAAACUCGGAAGUAUUUCAAGUAAUUACUCAGCGGAUGGAAAUGGAAAUGACGAAAUAUUUAUCAUACCGUGCCAGUUUGUUGGCUCCAGAAUUAUUGAAUUUGCUGGCCAAAUUUCACGCAACUACCGCUUUUUGGUUAAUGCAAGUCAACAUCAACAUUCCCACCAAUUUAAAUGACAAUUUAAUUAACAAUAAAAACAAUAAUAAUGAUAAUGAAAAAAAUCAUUUAAUGAAAAACAAUUUAAACUUUUUAGAUCAAGAACCAAAACUUGUGACAUUCCCACUUCCAGAGACUGUACCAGAAACUCUAAAGUAUAUACCCGAAUUUAUAGUAGAAAAUACUAUUGGAUUUAUUUGUUUUUUACGUCGAUUUAAUCCAAAUACAUUCGAAGAACAGGGUGAAAAUUUUUUAAAUCCAAUACUAACAGAAAUAAUAGUCUUGAUGGAAUCACCAAAACGAUUGUUUAAUCCUCAUCUUCGUGCUCAGCUUGCUGAAACUUUAGAAGCACUUUUGCCUAAUACAUCGCCAUUGUCUUAUACAGACGAUUCAGAAUCGAGAUUGGGUGAUGGGAAUGAUGAUGAUGAUGAUGAUGAUGAUGAUGAUAAUGAUAAUGAUGAUGAUGAUGAUGGAGAUGGAGAUGGUGUUAGUGCUUUUAUUGACUAUGAUGACGAUGAUGAUUAUAGUUUUUCUCAGCGUCAACGACAGCAACAACCACAUUUGUCGUCUCUUGGGACAUUCAACAGAGAAAAAUUGUUUAUAAAUCAUCCUCACUGUAACCAGAUAGUAAAAAAUUUGAUAGAGGUAUUUGUGAGUAUUGAAAUGACCGGUCAGAGUGUUCAAUUUGAACAAAAAUUCAAUUACCGUCGUCCUAUGUACACUGUUAUGAAAUAUUUAUGGAAAAUAAAGCAACAUCGUGAUAAUUUCAAGCGGCUUGCCAAAGAAGCUGAAGACAAUAUGGAAGCCGUAAAGCCACCGUUGUUUUUGCGUUUUAUUAAUUUAUUGAUGAACGACGCGGUAUUUUUGUUGGACGAAGCUUUAUCAAACAUGGCCCAGUUGAAGCAAAUGUUGAGAGCUAGAGAAAAUGGUGAAUGGGACAAGCUACCAGCUCACGAACGGGAUCAAAAAAUAAGUUACUUGCAUCACAUUGGUAUGACAGCAAGGUUUGACAAUAUUCUUGGUCGUGAAACUAUAUCGACUUUUAAAAUGUUAACGUCCGAAAUAAAAUCAAUUUUUUGUCACUCGACUAUGGUUGACCGUAUAGCAUCCAUGUUAAACUACUUGCUGCUUGAAUUAGUUGGCCCGAAUAAAAAAAACUUUAAAGUAAAAGACCAAAAGGAAUAUGAAUUCAACCCAGCAAAAUUAGUUUUAAACAUUUGUGUUAUAUAUAUUAAUCUCGGUAGCAACAGUAAUUUCACUCUGGCAGUUUCACAAGAUGGACGAUCCUACCGUGAUAAUCUAUUCAAGCUUGCUGAAAGUGUUUUGCUAAGGAUUGGUGGUAUCAGUAUUCUCGGAGAGUUGAAUAAUUUAGCCGUUAGAGUUGCUAAUGCUGCUGCUAUUAAGAAACAAGAGGAAGAAAUUCUUACAGACGCACCUGAUGAAUUUUUGGAUCCAAUUAUGUCAACGUUGAUGGUUGAUCCUGUUAUAUUGCCAUCAUCAAAAAUAUCUGUAGACCGUCAAACAAUUGCUAGACAUCUGCUGAGUGACCAAACGGAUCCAUUCAAUCGCUCACCUCUCACUAUGGAUAUGGUCAAACCGGAUGUUGAUCUUUACAACAGAAUUCAAGAGUGGAUAUCGUUAAAAAAACAACAACACACGACAUAA